AUGGCUUACCGCUCAGAGAAUCAGCACAACGACGAUGCCGAUAUCGAUGUGGGUGUGGUCGGCUAUGGGCCGACUGGCAUGGUCUUUGCCAUCCUCAUGGCAUUGAAAGGUUUCCGUGUCUGCGUCUACGAGCGGCACAAAGAGCGAUGGAACGCUCCCAGACACGGUCAUGUCGACGGUCAAAUCAUGCGAAUCAUGCAAGACAUCGGCAUUGCCUUAGACGUCGAGAAGAUUGCCCGCGCUCUCACCGAGUUCGAAGUCCAUUCAGCUGAGGGAGAGACGCUCCAGUCGUUGAAGACAGCCGAUGGCGAUGGCAGUGGCUGGAAGAGGGCAUACAUGAUGUCGUCGGUUGAGCUUGAGGAUCAUCUCGACAUUCGUGCCCGCAAUCUGGGCGUCCGUGUUAUCAUGGGUCAUCAGGUUAGCAAUCUGGAGCAGGACAGCACUGGAGUCAACGUGACGUCGAUCAAUACUUCGGACCAGAGCCUGACGCAGAGCAUCCGGGCUCGAUACGUUGUGGGAAGCGAUGGGGCCAACAGCUUCGUGAGGAGGCAUCUGGGCAUUCCACAGACUGAAAUUCCCUUCUCGCAUCCGGAACACCUGGUCAUCGACUUCGAGCAUUUUGACCCAGAUCUGGACAUCCCCAAUCUUCAGGGCAACGCCCACGUACUCUCUUCAAGCAGGCAGUACCUUGCCGGUCGCUGGGAGGGAGGUCGUUGGUCGCGGUGGGAAUUUGCACGCAAAGAGGGCGAGCGUGUUGACGAGCUGCAGAAACUCAGCACUUGCUGGAAGCUGCUUGCCCCGUGGGGUGUAGGACCAGAGGACGGGGUGACCAGACGGCACUCCGUCUAUGCAUUCGAAGCUCGCAUUGCCAAGCACUGGCGAGAGGAUCGUAUCUUCCUGAUGGGCAAUGCAGCACACACUAUGCCUCCAUACAUGGGCCAAGGCAUGUGUUCAGGGGCUAGAGAUGCCGCAAAUCUGGCUUGGAAGCUCUCUGCCGUGCUGGACAAUACGGUCGGACCGGAGCUCCUGGACACCUACAAGCAGGAGCGGAAGUCACACGUUGAAGACAUUACCAAACUGUCCAUCGGCAUUGGUACUGCGCUAAAGAAGGCUUAUCAGAUGAUGUCUGAAUCUCCACAGGCUGCUGGGUCUUUCCAAGUUGCUCAACCGCCAGAAUUUCCCAGGAUCACCGGAGGCUGCUUGCUGGGGUCAGGCGAGCUGCAAUGCGUUGGCCGUCCAAUGCUCCAAGGCCGUGUGCUGCAUCAGGGCCGAGUCGCGCUGUUGGGGGAUUUCUUGCCGGGCGGUCGGACCAUCAUCACCGGCCAGCGCCUCCCAAAACAUCUCUUCGACUCGAGACAGCGCCAGGUGCUCGUCAAGUACGACGUGACAGUUGCUCAUGUCUCGAGAGGCGCGAGUGCGCAGUACGUCAACCUGGAGGGUGACUAUGAUGUGUGGUACCGUACCCACAAGAGAAAAGCCGUACUGGUGCGCCCUGAUCACUACAUCUUUAAUGCUGCCGAGCAUCCUGACGAUGCGGUUGAGCUGGUCGAUCAGCUGCGGGCUGCCAUGGAGUCUUUUGAAAGGGGAGAAGAUGACAGUUCAUUGUCGAAGCAAGGAUGA